UAAUUAAACCAUCCCAAAGAUCGUAUUCUGACCAGAAUUCGCCAAAGCUAUUCGUCAUGAAGAUUAUUGGCACUGUACUGCUGGUAGCAGCCUUAGCUUCGGCAAACUCUCUGCAGGAUGACGAAGUUAUCACAAACACCACACAGAUUGUAAUUGGUCCGGGCGGCGAAAUUUACCACCUUGCGACCAUCCCGUCCGAAAACAAGGAGGAGGUAGAGAUCACCGAUGAGGAUGGGAAUCACAUCACAACUGUCCAUAACUUCAUCAAUGAGGGAUAUAUCGUGGAAAACCCGACGCACCGAGACGUUUGUUUCAUCAGACAGUCUUCUGAUGGAAACAGCACAUGUUUUGUCGAGAACCCAGUAAAGAACGCUCUACCUUCGUCAUUGCAAGAUAUAUGUCAAGGAAGGGAACGCGUCACCCUGAAGCCAUUCGCAUGUGAUCACCCUGCACUUGACGCUGCAGUUCCACAGGCCGAUAAAAGGAGCAUUAUGGUCACACACUGCGUCUACGACCGUCAUGUGAACACAGUAUGCUCCAGUAAAUACUGCUGUAAAAAGUUUAUUUGGUGUUGGAAGCACUGCUGCAAAUACACCGUGAAGGUCAGCUGGACCAGGAGGUGCAUCACCGGUCAUUCCUCGGCUUUUUAAAAAAAACUUACAGUUUGAAUUUUUGUCAUUGGACUAUUUAAUUGCUAGAUGCAAAUUUAACGCUUUCAAGCCCUUUUUUUAUUUCAUUUCUGUUCUUCUGCAAUUUCAUGUCGAAAUAUAAGUAUUGAUAAACUAUGUGUGUGAUUUUAUGCAUUUCCUUUUUGUUGGAAUACCGUCAAAAUGAUGUUAAUAAUAAUAUACAUAAACAAAACAUUUGGUUUUAUUUAUUCAGAACUACAUGUAUUUAAAAAUAACAACAGCACAUUUGCGUCAACAUUUGCAGCUUCUGGUGUUAAAUUAUGCUAUCUUAUCUUAUCUUAUCUUAUCUUUCGCUUGAAUAAAUCUUGAAAAUAU